AUGGCGGGCCCAAAGAGGGCUGCGUUCGCCGAGGAGAGCGCCGAAGUCGAGGUGCUGUACGCGAACCUGUCCAAGAUGAAGAGCUUGACCAAGAAGAUCCAAGCUUCCAUGAGCCGUCUCGAGACCAGUGGAAAGACGGUCGAAGAGGCAAUUGGGCCCAUCUAUGGAAACACUCAGAAACUCCAGACAACCAAUGCAAACAUCGAUCGCGUUAUCAUGGCCAUCGACAGGAUCCGCGAGCCCCUGGACAUGCGCAACAGAGAAGAGCAGGUCCUACGCUCAAGCCCUCAGGCUGUGGGCUUGACCGAAUACAUAGCAUCCAUCGAUCGCACCCGCCAGGCUCUGCGUGACCUGAAGCAGUCUAAUCUCCGCUCCAAUCAGCAAGCCAUCUCUGAACUUAACGGCCUGUUGAGUGUUGGUAGCCGGCAACUCGAGGACGUCUUCCAGAGCACCCUUCGCGAAGGACUAGCUCCAGUCGAGCCUCUCCACUUCAUCACCAAGAACAUCGAUUUUCCUCGUAUCUCACCCAGCAAGACGACUCUUCUACGAACCAUUAAUGCACACGCAUCAUCAUCCGCUUCCGAGCUUGCUCAAGGCGAUUCGAGAGGUACACCAACCGCCAAAAUCUAUGCCGAAAUACGAGGCCAAUACAUCACUUCAAGUUUGCAAAACAUGGCCGCCGCCUGUCUGGCAACUGCUCGGAAACAGAAUCCAAGCACUGCUACAGUCUACAAGAAAGGAGAUAAUGCUAUUGGCAUGUAUGCUGCAGGUAUCAAAGGCAUGUUCAUUGCAGAGUACGACAAUAUCUGCCCUGUCUUUGACCGUGAAGAGUGGGGUCAGGUCCUGACAAUGACCUGCCAGGGCGCUCUGAAGGCUUUUGCUGCCACUCUGAGGGAUCUCGAUCGACAUGUCAAGGACAACAUUACAAGCGACUGCUUCCUAGCAUACGAAAUCAUCGAAGUCGUAUCAAACACUGCUAUUGAGAUUGAGAGCAAAACAGGAGAGUUGAAGAAUGAGGUGGCUGAUACUUUGAGGCCCACACGAGAAACCGCGAAGUCAUCCCUCUCAGCACUUCUGACAGACGUGCGGAACAGAGUGCAGCAGAUGAUGCAACUACCCUCCGACGGGUCUGCAAUACCCCUAACCUCGGAGAUGAUGACCCGAUUACAGGCAAUGACCAGCUUCUUGGUACCCUUGUCGUCUAUCUUGACAUCUCUUGGAAAGGGCGGUUGGUCCGCGCCAGGGCCUGCAGUAUCGAGCAGCUCUAUACCUACCCUCAAAUCUUUCGAUGUUGGCGCAGACGGCCGCAAGCUGUUUGCAGACUAUGCUGCAGACACCAUACACACGCUCCUGUCGAACCUGGAGGUGCGUUCUCAAUCUCUGCAGAAGGGCAAGGGUGUGCAAGGCGUCUUCUUGGCAAACAACAUCGCCAUCAUUGAUCGCAUGAUUCGAAGCUCUGAACUCGGCCCCUUGUUGGAACCCGCACAGCCCAAGAUCGAGGCCUGGCGCGUCAAAGCGACUAAGCAUUACAUGACCACCUGGAACGAGGUAUCAGCUUAUCUACUGGAUGUACAGUACACCAACCGUGGUCCCCGUCCUCCCAGCACAGGAACGGCGGUCGAUUCAGCAGCAUUCGUAAAGGCACUAUCGUCGAAGGAGAAGGACGCGAUGAAGGAAAAGUUCCGCGGCUUCAACACAUCAUUUGACGAGAUGGUUGCCAAGCACAAGUCCUACAAGAUGGAGAAGGAGGUCAAAAUCUCACUCGCAAGGGAUGUCCAGAGGCUCAUCGAGCCACUCUACGGUCGUCAUUGGGACAGGUACCACGAGAUUGACAAGGGUAAGGGCAAGUAUGUCAAAUACGACAAGACGCAGCUCAACGCAGUGCUCACGAAUCUGGGGUAA